ACGCUUGGUCUGGCCACUGCCUUCACUGGCUCACACAGGGAAGCAACACGGGCAGGUGGGUCAAACACACAAGGAAGGAAAAGAGAGGAAGAAAAGAACAGAAUGAGGGGAGGAGAGGAAAGAAGGAGAGACGGAUUCUACCAAACGUGCGACUGUCCAAGCAAGACCUGUCACUGUUGGAAUAAUUGGUUUGUGGUUGAGUAGCGAGCGGCUCUUGAGUUGGAGGAGGAAGACUGAAGCAAGCCAGAAGCAACAGUGCAUUGGAGAGAGGAUUUUAACGAGGACUUUUGCUGACAGAAAAUAACUGAACAAAAUGGAAUAUAAGAAGGAGAAGCGUGUGUUAUUAAAUGCUGGUGCUCACAUGAAAUUAUGGACCUGAAUGUUGUGAAAAGAAGAGGUUGUGAGAAGAGGUGAGAAGACAUUGAGGAGCAUGGAUUUGCACAAACUGUUUAUGGGUUUUCAGGAGCUGUGAGUUGGGUGUUGGAUGGUGGCUCGUGUGUGUUAGUCCAGGUGUGAGGAGCGGGCGCCAGCUGUUCAGAGGUAAACAGACUCACGUGCAGAGGGACAGGACAAAGACCAGAGGUGUGAAAGACCCUCACGUGAGACACACUGACACUUUUACUUUUGAAUCCAGGCACAUGCAGCAGUGAUCUUCCACAACCCUUUUAUAUGUCUGAGCGUCUAAGGAAUAGGAAGGACCAGACGAGAGACGAGCACAAGAGAAUCAAGGCUUUGAGCCGCUUUGGACUCUGUUUGAACCGCCUCCUCGCCAGUGUCCCACCUGACGCUGCCCGAGUGCUGAGUGCGGCUCGCAGACAGUCGCGACAGAAGCAGACAGGACAGGUGAAGAGUGGACAGGUGAGGAGUGGAAAGGUGAAGAGUGGACAGGUGAAGAGUGGACAGGUGAAGAUUGUGCAAGAGCAAGCAGAGCCGGAGCAAAGCAAACAGGAGCUGUGGGUGCAGCAGCCCUCGGAGCAGAGCGAAGAAGACACACCACCCAAACCGAGCACAGCGCCCCGGUACUUCGCACCCGCCGGCUGCCUCAGAUCCACAGCCAUGGGAGAAUGGACCAUCCUAGAGCGCCUCCUAGAGGCUGCUGUGCAACAGCACUCUACUAUGAUUGGAAGAAUUUUGUUGACGGUGGUUGUGAUCUUCCGAAUCCUUAUUGUGGCCAUUGUUGGAGAGACCGUGUACGAGGACGAGCAGACCAUGUUCAUUUGCAACACCCUCCAGCCCGGCUGCAACCAGGCCUGCUACGACAAAGCCUUCCCCAUCUCACACAUCAGAUACUGGGUCUUUCAAAUCAUCCUCGUAUGCACCCCUAGUUUAUGCUUCAUUACCUAUUCGGUUCACCAGUCGGCCAAGCAAAAGGAUCGGCGUUACUCCUUCCUCUAUCCCAUCAUGGAAAGAGACUACGGUAGGGAUGGGCCAAGGAAACUGCGCAACAUAAAUGGGAUUUUGGUUCAACACGGGGGUGAUGGCGGGGGUGGCAAAGAGGAACCGGACUGUCUGGAGGUGAAAGAAAUUCCCAACGCACCAAGAGGCCUCACCCAUGGGAAGAGCUCCAAAGUCCGGCGACAAGAAGGGAUAUCACGGUUCUAUAUAAUCCAAGUUGUGUUCAGGAAUGCACUGGAAAUCGGAUUUUUGGCUGGGCAGUACUUCUUAUAUGGCUUCAGCGUACCUGGCAUCUUCGAAUGCGACCGUUACCCGUGUCUCAAAGAGGUGGAAUGCUACGUUUCAAGGCCGACAGAAAAAACGGUAUUCCUGGUGUUUAUGUUCGCAGUUAGCGGGAUUUGCGUGGUCCUCAACUUGGCAGAGCUGAACCAUUUGGGUUGGAGGAAAAUUAAAGCUGCCAUUCGGGGAGUUCAGGCAAGGAGGAAGUCAAUUUGUGAAAUCAGGAAGAAAGAUAUGGCUCAUCUGUCCCAACCACCCAAUUUGGGACGUACACAGUCCAGCGAAUCAGCUUAUGUCUGACCAAAUUCCAUAGCGUAUUUGAGUGAAUGUGAGAGAGAUAUUUUGUAAAAGUAAACAUUAUAAGGGUCGCAAUCAAGAUGACAUUUUGGUAUCGGACAAAAAUGAACUUUUAAAAGUGACCCUAGCCAUAAAAACGCAGAGACAUUGCAGAUUUAUGAAUAGGCAAAGACACUGCCAUAUUAACUUAAAAAGAAUCAGCCCUGUAUUUUUUCAACUGGGUGAUAAAGAUUGAAGGAAAGAAAAAAGUGUAGCCUGUUUUUUGUUGGCUUUGCAAGGACAUGACAGGUGCGUUUGAUGCAUCCCAGAAGACACAGAGAGUAACAGCAUUAUUACAACGCAACGGAAGAGUUGUCAGCACCGGGAAGGAGGACAGGUUUUUUCAGAGAAGGAAUAGCGACAAACUGCACAAGAUAUAGAGAAGACUUGCUGGGAUAGUUUGCAGUUUGCUUCCCCUUGUCGACAAAGUAAAGACCAAAG